GUUUCUGCGAUCGAACGAAGUGGAGUGGAUUUUCCCCAGUGGCUGUGUGCGGUGAAAAACGACUUUGUGAUUGACGAGACAUUCGUCCUAAUUUUUCCUCCCAUAUAUCGAACUCGUGUGCCAAAAAGAGCAUUAGUAGUGUAGCAAGUGCAACAAGUGAUCAAUACGGAUUAAAGCGCAGAAACAGUCCCGUGAAGGUCAAACCUCUUUAGGAGAGGUGUAAAACAGACGCGCUCGCGGUCGGAUCGGGAGAAAGUGACUCCGGUCGAGCAAACGAGCGAAAAAAUGCGUAGCGUCGGGUGUUACGAAAAUAGGCAGCAGCUGCAAGCGCUGACCAUCUGUGCGCUGUUGGCCGUGUCCACACUGUUGCCGAUGGUCGAGUCGGCCAAGUUUAAAAGCCGCUCGAAACCGUCGUCCUCCUCGUCCUCGUCGUCGGGCCGUGUGUCGAAGCCAAGCUCAUCUUCUUCCUCUUCCUCCAGCUACAGCAAUCCGGGCAGUCUGAGCUACAGCAACUACCAGUCCAAGCCUGCUCCGAAACCGUCCGCUCCGGCCGACACGUCGAACCAGCGCAACAUCGGAUGGAACGUAAACAGUCAGGCCAAGCCAGCGACGGGAGCUGCGGCGGUGAAUAAGCCUCCCUAUCCGGUGCAGGCCAGCGCUCCGGUACAGUCCAGUGCAGCGAAACCGCCGCCAUAUCCGGUGCAGGCCACACACAACACGCACCAGACGCAUGCGGGCGCUCCGCCACCGCCGUACUCGCAGGGACCACCGCCACCGUACUCGGCCGCCAACAAUCCGAACAUGCACUCGGGCUUCAACGUGCCACCGCCAGCGUACACCCCGGGUAAUCAGGGCUUCCGGCCGGGUCAGCCAGGAUUCGGACAGCCGGGAUCGUUCGGACAGCCCGGGUAUGGGCAACCAGGAUUCGGUCAGCCUGGAGCGGGCGGAUUCGGUCAGCCUGGAGCGGGUGGAUUUGGACAACCAGGAGCGGGUGGUUUCGGACAACCGGGAGCGGGUGGUUUCGGACAACCGGGAGCGGGUGGUUUCGGACAACCAGCGGGUGGCUUUGGAGCACCGAUGGGCGGUUUUGGCGGCGGUGGUGGUUAUCAUCCUCCGGCGGGUGGAUUCGCUGCCCCGCACGGCAACUUCCAGGGCGGUGGCGUUGCUCCGCCAGUGAACUAUGCCCCUGCCCCUUCGUUCCCGAUUGCGGCCAUUCCGGUUGGCGCGUACAAGCCACAAAGCUCGGGCAUCGGUGUCGGUGGUAUUGCGGCCAGCGUUGGAACGGGUCUGUUGGCGGGAGCGGCUGGUUCCGCCCUGUACAAUGCCCUCCGUCCGGAGGAUCGCACACGGUACAGCCAGGGAGGUUCGGGCGGUGUAACGAUCAUUAACAACGUUCCUGCUGCACCGGCAGCUGCACCUGCUGCCGCUGCCACUCCGGCAGAGGGAGCCGCUCCAGCAGCCGCUGCUGCACCAGCUCCAGUCGCUCCGGCAACGGAUUCGGCUGCGGCUGCUGCUGCCGCCGCCGCUGUACCUGCUGUCCCACCUCCAGCGGGGGCUCCUGCUGCUCCUGGUCCCGAUGGUCAAGCGUCCGUCCCGCUGGCUCCGUUCCCAGAAUCUACUGCCGACAACUCGACUUCAUCUGCAGCACCACCGGCAGCAGCAGUUUCUGAGGCCGCAGAAACGAUGAACCAAAACGCCACCACCACGACGGAAGGAGAACAGCAGACGCCGGCAAACGGAACGGAAACGAUGGUCCCACUGGCACAAGCACCACAGGUUGAUGAUGCUGCUGCUGCACCCACCGAAACGACCACGGUGAACCCGAACGCGAAACAGUACAUCCCACCGCCCGGCCAGUACUACCCUGCCACCGGACAGUACGUUCCACCGGGAGAGUACGAUCCAGCGACGGGCAUCUUCACCCCGGGACGCUACAUCCCCGACACGACCAUCUUCCAGUCGGGUCAGUUCGACCCGCUAACGCAGAUGUUCACGCCGGGGCGGUACGAAGCCAAUGGUCAGUUCAUUCCCGACCCGAACCACCCGCCACUGUCACUGGCACCGCCGGCUGAAGGACAGGCUGCUGUCACACCAGCUGCCGCUGCUCAGACGACCCAAUCGGAACCCGUCACACCGGCCGUUGCAUCGCUGCGGACGGCGAGCGGAGCCAGCAUAAAGACCGUUUCACUCAUGACAGCGCUUGGUGCGCUGAUCGUGUCGGAAGCUUUCCGUCAGUUGGUACGCUUCUAGGUCUUUGCCCUUCCCGAAUUGCGCCUUUCUUUCUAGUCCUGGAACCCAGGGAAGCAAGGACAACGAUGGUUAACAUUUUUGUUGUUAAAGCAGUGAGUGAGUGAAUAUUGAGCAUUUUUUGUUUUCUGGAGCAAUACUAGUAGGCCUUGCAAUCCAAGUGCAGUUUCUGUCGAAGCAUACAGUAGAACAGAGUAUUACAGCAAUCGCAGCCCAACAGUUGUGAGAUGGGGCAUCCCCACACAAGAGACAGAGAUAGAGUGAGAGCAGAACAGGUUUAGCGUAUCAAAGGUUUAACACCGGCAGCCUUAUUAGACAUUCAUUUGCAAACAGGUUUCCGAACGAAACGAUCACACACAGAUUCGCAAUAAUCGUAAGAUCUCGUGAUGCAGACGGGUUAGAGUUGAAUUUUGAUUGCAACAUCAAUCAACAGAACAUUAAUUCUCUUAUGGAAGUUAUUUUUCUCCCAAUGAAACCUUUUAUACAUGCGAACUGAUAGACUGCAAAAGGCAAUCUAAACAUUAGAAUCUUACAGAAGGAAAAUAGUAUGUUUAAAAUACUCAUAUUUUGUUGUUACCAGCUACAGGAAUCUCUUGAUCUUUAUAUGACAGUUGUAAUUGAAAAUCCAUCCACGAAUAUCUGCGAUCCCUCUAGGGCGAUCGAUAAGGGACUGUAAUCUCAACUCUUUUUACACGCAUUUACAUGUCAAUAUCUUUAGGGUCUGUUAAACCCAACUUAUUAUCCACUAUACUCUCUCCUGAAACUGAACUGUUCUCUCUAAAAUCCUACCCCGUUGCCCUCUACGCUACUCAGUGAUAUAAACUCUGGUGUUGAAGUUGAACGAUAUUGUAUCUUGAAGCGAUUAUAUACCCGGAAUGUGUUUCUAUUGCAACAUAAACAAUGGACUCUUCCGCAUGGAAGCAACACAAAUCAACAUGUUCGUAGUGCGCUGUACAGUACAGCCUUCAGCAAUACCGCACGCUCGAGCCACAAGCAUCCUAAUAUGUUUUAUAUAACUAAAUAUCUCCAUGGUCAAUAUAGAUCGAAAGGUUUAUCAUGUUUGUUUCUACACACAGUACUGGUUUACUGUCAAAACAAAGCGAUCGAGAACGAUCACUUAUCUACGAAGACAAUCAAUAUGUCGCUUAUGUCUUUACAUGGAACCCGGGUGUGAUAUUAGGGAGUGGAAUUUCUUGGUGAUAAUGUUUCUUCAACUGUAUUGCAGCGUAAACUCUUCUUCGACCUUUCAAAGCACGUUUCUCAACACUGCGCUAUCGUGGAGAUAAGCCAAGCCAGGUACCCCAGGGCACUGCUUCUAAUGUGUCUUAUACGAUUUUUGUAAAAAAAAGAAAAGUUAUUGGUAAAUUACUUUACAGAGUAUUUUUUGGCAUCACAUUAUGAAUGAAAAAGCUUUUAAAGCAACCAUACGAAAGUGAAUCGGAAUUCGAUUGGGGGUAAUAGCUAUUGGUUUUAGGCACCAAAUUUUACUGAACAAAAAAUAAAUAAAACAAUUUCAAUUGGAA